AUGAUUCAAUACGAUUUAGCACAUACUAGCACCAACAAUUUUAGAGAUAAAAAUUAUGAUUUAUACCGAAUCAGACAGACGCCCCGUAAAUUGAUGACGAACAGCACAAUUUCACUAAGGAGCGAAACUUCACCCAAUUUGAAUACUGACGGGUUGUCAAAUACAUCUAACGAGGAUAGCAAUAUUGUCAUUGCGAUGACUAACGAUAAUAUAGAGAAGAACGAGAGCAAGGGUGCAAUGAAUGGGGAUGCCAAGCGCAAUACUAGCCUUGAGGUGUCAAACAAAAACCAAAAUUGUGGUCUCAACCAACGCGAUUCAUCGACUCCUACGUCGUACAAAGCUUCACAUUCUGAAGUAUCUGAUUCUACCAAUGAUACAUCGCCGUCAUCAUUGGAGGAAAGUAGGACACCAAAACCAGCACGCAAGACUACGACGGACAUUAACAAUAAAAUGCCAACGGAAUUAGUCGAUGGUCCUAAUGAGCCGAUUACUAUUGUGCAUUUGCAUCCAGUUGAUGUCGAUCCUCUAGAAGUGAUAGACCCUGCAAUUUCCGAAAACAACGUUGUGAAGGGAAAUAAGACUAGUAGAAAUCCAGAAAAAUUAUUACAUAGCACAGUGAGAGAUGAGUCCUUGUCGUAUAAUAAUGGCAGAAGACAUACAACGCCCCAUUCCGCGGCUCUGAGAGAUUCCGCUGAUUUAACUUUCAGGCGUUCUUUAGAUAAGCCAUCAUCGCGUCCUAUAGCCCGCAGUACAUUCCCAUCUUAUAAUAGAAGGAAAGCUACAAGCACUGAUACAGUCGGAAAUACAUAUGCUCAUGAUUCAACUAGUUCAGAGAUCAAUAGGAUGAAAAAUUCGCUACUAGUACAAAGAAACAUGAAAAAGAAAAGAAACAUACUUGAAGAUGAAAAAGUUCUUGUUGGAAAUAAAAUUAGUGAGGGCCAUGAGAAUUUCGUUAUGGCAUACAAUAUGUUGACCGGGAUUAGAGUUGCAGUAUCUCGUUGCUCAGGUAUCAUGAAAAAUGUAGAUGAUCAAGACUUUCGAACAACAAAGAAGUUAUCAUUCAACAUGGACGGAAGUGAGUUAACUCCAUCAUCAAAAUAUGAUUUUAAAUUUAAAGAUUAUUGUCCUGAAGUAUUUAGGAGUUUGAGAUCUAUUUUCGGAAUAGAUCCGGCAGAUUAUCUUAUCUCAGUAACCGGGAAAUAUAUCUUAUCUGAGUUAGGUUCACCUGGUAAAAGUGGCUCUUUUUUUUAUUAUUCGAGAGAUUAUAGAUUUAUUAUUAAAACAAUUCAUCAUGGGGAACAUAAACAAUUAAGAAGAAUAUUGAAGGAUUAUUAUAAGCACGUAAAAGAAAAUCCAAAUACUUUGAUAUCACAAUUUUAUGGCUUACAUAGAGUUAAGAUGCCAUUUAAUAAAAGUGGUAUAAAAAAGGUACAUUUCAUAGUGAUGAAUAACUUGUUUCCUUCCCAGAGAGAUAUUCAUGUAAAGUAUGAUUUAAAGGGAUCAACAUGGGGUAGAAAAUACGAAGUACCAGAAAAACUGCAAAGCUUAGCGAACUUUACUUUGAAAGAUCUCAACUGGCUUGAACGAAACGAUAAAAUAAAAUUUGGUCCAGAAAAGAGAAAACUAUUUUUUGAACAACUAGAAAAAGACGUAAAAUUGUUACAAAAGAUUAAUGUAAUGGAUUAUUCACUCUUAUUAGGAAUUCAUGAUGUCAAGAUGGGAAAUAACACCGACACUAUUCAAAGAUUGUCUAUCUUCGAUCCAAAAUCGACAGAUAAAUAUGAUUUGAUUAAUACAAAUCCCAGAGAUAUUGAUAUUGCAAAUGAUCUUCCGAAUAAUUUAUAUCCAGGCAGGUUGAAAUAUAUAUUCUAUGGACAUGAUGGUGGUAUUAGGGCCACGAAUGAAUUGAAUGAGCCUUUAGGUGAGAUAUAUUAUUUAGGUAUUAUUGAUUGCUUGACUAACUAUUCCAUUAAAAAGAGAUUAGAAACUAUGUGGAGAUCGAUAGGUCAUUCAAGAAGUACUAUAUCGGCGGUACCAGCCAAAGAAUAUGGUGAUAGAUUUUUGAAAUUUAUUAAAGAUGGUACUACCAAUAUUAAAACAAAAAUAAAAUGA